AUGGUGUCGACUUUAAACCUUCAGGAGAAAUAUAAUAAAGUUCGAAAAAAUUUCUGCUUCUAUUUGGACAUUCAAGAACCAGGGCUCUCUAGAUCCAUAUCAAGACGGUUACAAGACAUGGGUUUGGUAACGGCGCGCGGGGGCCUCGCGAACGGCUUUUGUCAAGAGGAGGUGUUCCUGACGCCGCGGGUGACCCACGUGGUCGGGUCCCGUGCGGCGCUCGGCGGGGCGGGCGGCGCGAGCGGGGGCGGAGCGCGAUGCGCGCGGCGUGAAGUGCGCGCGCGCGCCGAUGCCAUGCUGGAGAGGCUGCGGCCGGAGCCCCAGCCAGCGCCGCCCCAGCGACACGCCUACGUGCACCUCACCGUUCAGAAGGCUAUAAGUCUAUUGGAUAAGCUAUAUGACACAUUCUUCACGGCACCGCGUAAAACGCAUGUCAGGCUCUUCAGUAAACAUUUUAUCAAGAUUGAAUUUUUGGACAAACAGUGCAGGCCGGUGUACAAGGAGUUUGAUGAAUGGCCUCAAAUAUCAUUAGAACCUGAUCCACCAAAAGAGAAAAAGGAGAAGAAAGAAUCACUUGAAAAUCUCACUAAUACUAUUAAGAACACUGCAGGUCAGAAAAUGACAAGAAAGAGUCGCCCUCGAAUAAAGGAUAAAGAGGAAAAAGAACAAAAGGGUGGCUACUGUGAGAUGUGUCACACGGAUUACGUUGAUGCGGCAUUGCACCGACGGUCUCCUCACCAUCUCGCCUUCGUUAGAGACCACACGAACUUUAUCGCCCUGGACUCCUUAAUAAGCUCCGGGGCGGACGUUUCCACAUUCCUGGACAAAGCGACGCCUGUCAACGGCGAGCGUAGAUCCCUAAGGAAACUGUGCAAUGGCGAUGUGGAACCGAAGAGCAAGCGGUCGAAACGCUCCCAAUCCCCGGAGACCACCGUCAAUGGCAAUCGAAGCCCGAAGCGAUUCAACGGCGUGCUGGACGACGAGAGGAAGCACAACACUCGAUGCAGUAAGAAGUCCAGCGAGUCGCAGACUUCAGAAGACCGCCAGUAUUACAAAGUGGUCGGAGUCAGCACGAAGCUCCGCUCGAGCGGUGGCUUUGUUCCGAAGAGGAAGGACUCCCCCGGUGCCUGUAACGGCACGAAGCCUUUAGUCGUCAAGUUUAGAAAGGUGCGACGCUCCGAGCUGUCGGUACUGAGCGACGAAGCGGAACAGUUCAUGUUUCCUAAACGCGCAAGUUCGACGAGCUCGUCAUCGUCGGAGAACGAUAACGACGGGGACGAUGAUGAUGACGCCGUAGAGAAGGAGCCAUCUAGAUUGAAGAAGAAAACACCGCCGCAACCUCCGCCAACGAUCGACCGCCAGAGGCUAGCUAGGCCGGUGGCUUUGAAAGAGGAGUCCUCUGAAGAGGACAGUUGGCCCGAAGAAAACAAGAAGCGAAAAAAACGCGGCUCCGUCGGUACCAAGCGCGGUAGGCGGCUGCAGUACAAAACACCUACCGUGGAUCCUCCACCAAAACCCCCCGAGUCAGAGCAAACAGCACCACUGGCUUCACCACCAAUCCAACAACCCGCAGGGCUUGAAGCCGAGGUGAGCCCGUUAAAAGAAGAGCUUUCAGAGAAGUGCAUGAAGUGGGAAAACGGAAAACUGAAGUAUACUCCAGCAGUGGAAAAUCUAGAAUUCGCUUUUGAAUCGGUGCCCCAUAGCGAGCCUUGGUUCGAGACGUUCAAACGUCAAGACCAAGAUAAAGUAUUGAUAAGGAAUGUGCCACAAUAUUUCGCUUUAUACUCGAAAUCUCCAAAGUUACCAUACGAAAUUGGACAGUUACCCCCAUUAAAACCAAAUUGCUGUCCGCUCAGCGACCUCGCUAAGCGGGAGGAGAAGCCUGGACCUUCGCGCUCGUAUGGAACAAGGGGCAUGAAGAAACGUAAGAUUAGAAAACGCACAUUGGCCGUUAUGGCGUUGGAGCACCCGAGAAAGUCGCCGAGAGAACAUGCAUCUACGUUAGCAAUACUCGGUUCGGCCGGUUUGUUGCACAGACGAAAGCACGCAGACGACGCGAAGUCAACGGCUUCGGAGGAUACGAUAAGUGACGCCCAGAGCAAUACGAAAAUUGAGCCAGUGCUCUCAGAAACCCAAGAAGCUUCCGAAAGGCUGCAGCAGUUUCUCUCAGAGGUAUUCGAGGACGUGACCGACUACGACGUCUCUGAGGAAGUUAUGGAGGGGCACGCGACAGUAACCACGUCCACAAACAUUCCAGAUGUUUCCAGUUUAGUCUCCGAGUGUGAGAAUUGUGAUAUCAUUAGGAACGAAAUAAAGCAGAGCGCCACCGUCCCGGGGAGAACGAAGAAGGGCAAGUUCAAGAAAAAGAACAAGACAGGGUGGCCAAGUAAACGGAAACAAGCAAAGAAGGAUUCGCGGAACAAUAGCAUGGAGGUCGACGAUAAGGCUGAAAGCCUAGGCAGGUCUUCCGCGGAGCCGGCUGAUGAUGAAAGCACACAAGACACAAUCAUUGAGGAAGACGCCAAUAUGUCAGAGUCUGAGAAGGACAACACGGUAAUAGAAAAUAAGACAAAGUCUGAGAGCGGCGCUGAAGAGAGUGAACACGCUAAAGAUUUCGAGGAAAAGACAAUUAUUUUAGAAAAUCCAUGUGAGAAAAUGGAGAUCGAAAUCCCUUGUCACGAUAAGAAAGCGUCGCAGCCGCCUGAGGACAAGCCAGUCCAGCUGGAUUUAAAGUUGGUGGUGCAAGAUAAAGUUAAGCCAAAGGCACAAAGGGCCGAUGACAAAGACUCCAAACGGACCUCGCGUUCGUCAGCCUCCGAGAGUGAAGACAAGGAUAAGAGUGUUAAGAAGAAACCAACGCCGUUGGCGAUUUCCGAUUGGUUGCAGCCAAUAGUCAGGGUGUCCAGGAUGGAUCCGCACUGUGCUAGACGGUUACGCUCGGCUGGCAGAACUAGAACUAACCUUUAUAGA